CUCCCCCUUGGCUGCCGCGCGCCGUGGUCUCGCCCGCCCCCGCUGCCAUGUUGGAUCGCGCGGCCGCCGGGGCCGGGCCGGAGUUGGAAGUUUAGGGGCGGGAGCGAUCGGGAUCGGCUCCGGCGCGCAGCGGCUCCGGCGCGGCUGCACCGCUGUCCGGCACCCCCUUUCCCGGCCGCCCCCCUCCCCGGCACCCUCCCCGCCGCCCCUCUUCUCCUCCCUCCUUGCCCGGCCCCGCCAGGGAGGCUCCGCGAUGCGGCUGCUGUGAGGCCCCGGCCCCGGCGGCGGAGGAGGAAGGGGAGGAAGGGGCCGCGGGCGCCAUCGGUCGCAGGGCGGCGAGGGCAGCGCCGGGCCGGCCCCGGCCAUGAGCGGCGCCCCGCAGCAGCAGCCCCCGCGGCGGGUCACCAACGUGGGCUCGCUGCUGCUUACCCCGCAGGAGAACGAGAGCCUCUUCGGCUUCCUCGGCAAGAAAUGCGUGACUAUGUCUUCAGCAGUUGUUCAGAUAUAUGCCGCAGAUCGCAAUGCCAUGUGGUCAAAGAAGUGCUGUGGUGUAGCUUGCCUUGUAAAGGACAAUCCGCAGAGGUCAUAUUUUAUCAGAAUAUUUGACAUCAAGGAUGGGAAAUUACUGUGGGAGCAAGAACUGUACAAUAACUUUGUAUAUAAUAGCCCUAGAGGAUAUUUUCAUACCUUUGCUGGAGAUACAUGUCAAGUUGGUCUUAAUUUUGCUAAUGAAGAAGAAGCUAAACUAUUCCGCAAAACAGUAACAGAUUUACUUGGACGACGGCAGAGAAAAUCUGAAAAAAGACGAGACCCACCAAAUGGCCCAAAUCUACCAAUGGCAACUGUUGAUAUAAAAAACCCAGAAAUUACAACUAACAGAUUUUAUACUCCACAAGUCAACAAUAUUUCAUAUACCAAAGAAAAGAAGAAAGGAAAAACUAAAAAGAGAAGAUUGACAAAGGCAGAUAUUGGAACUCCAUCUAAUUUCCAACACAUUGGACAUGUUGGUUGGGACCCAAACACAGGUUUUGAUGUGAACAACUUAGACCCAGAACUGAAAAGUCUGUUUGAUAUGUGUGGAAUUUCAGAGGCUCAGCUAAAAGACAAAGAAACUUCAAAGGUCAUAUAUGAUUUCAUUGAAAAAACAGGAGGUGUGGAAGCUGUAAAAAAUGAACUGCGCAGACAAGCUCCACCUCCACCACCGCCGUGCAGAGGAGGACCCCCUCCACCUCCCCCUCCCCAUAGCUCGGGCCCUCCUCCUCCCCCUGCUAGGGGCCGAGGGGUCCCACCUCCACCUCCUUCAAGAGCUCCCACCUCGGCACCUCCACCCCCACCUCCAUCUAGACCUGGUGUAGCAGUGCCCCCGCCUCCUCCCAACCGGAUGUUUCCUCCUCCACCACCAGUGCAUUCCUCAUCUGCGCCAUCCGGCCCUCCUCCGCCCCCACCGCCACCAGCAAGUGGGUCAUCUGUUCCUCCACCCCCUCCGCCUCCUCCGCCCCCUCCCGGUCCUCCUCCACCACCAGGCCUUCCUUCAGAGCCUGAUCACCAGCUUCCAGUUCCUGCGGGAAACAAAGCAGCACUCUUGGAUCAAAUCAGAGAAGGAGCUCAGUUAAAGAAGGUAGAACAGAACAGUCGACCAGUGUCCUGCUCAGGAAGAGAUGCACUGCUAGACCAGAUACGACAGGGUAUACAGUUGAAAUCUGUAUCUGAUGGUCAGGAAAGUGCACCGCCUACACCUGCACCCACCUCAGGAAUUGUGGGUGCAUUAAUGGAAGUUAUGCAGAAAAGGAGCAAAGCCAUUCAUUCUUCAGAUGAAGAUGAAGAUGAAGAUGAUGAAGAAGACUUUGAGGAUGAUGACGAAUGGGAUGAUUGAUCAAAUAUUAUUAUAUAUAUAUUUUUUAAGGUGAAUGAUAUACUAAACACUGCUUUCUGUCUAUGGAUUCUGUAAAAUUAUCAUGUAAAUGUUCUACCAAUUUGCUGUAUAUUUUUGUUGCCUUUUGCUUUUUUAUUAAUCUGUGCAAUACCUCAUUUAAUCUGUAAAGGUUUGUCAUAAUCCUCUACAAAGCUACUCCCUGUUAAUGUGUGCAAGUUUACACCUGGAUGAUCAUGUACAUGUCAAUACUUUCCAUUCCAUCAAUAAGGGAGUUUAAAUGUAAUAUGUGAGACUGACAAAAACCUUAAUGUAAUUUAGUUAUAAUGCAAGAAGGAAAACACUAUUUUCAUACCCUACUUUUUCUGUAUCUAAAUUUUCUUAUUAAAGCCUAGUAUAGCACUAUGUUCUUUAAGUGAUGCAGCUCUUAGUUUAUUUAGCCCCUUGAUUUCAAAUGCAAUGCUAUAUGAAUGUUGAGGCUGGUUUAUACUAUUGCAUGGUUUCAAAUACAUCAAAACAUUGCAGUUAAAAUCUUAGCAGUAUGCUUUACAUAACACAAAA